CGGGUCGUGAUUUUUCCGCGUGGAGCGUCGCUGCGUUCGAAGAACACAAACGGAACAAUUCUCGCGAAACACUUUUGUCCGCCCGGUGGAAUCGCCUCCCCAAAAUAAAAAAAAGCGGCAGCAGGCAGCACGCGCGGGUGUUGUUCUAUUCCGGAAGGGGUAAUAGUUUUCCGACGGUUGGUCACACUGUGGUGCGUGUCGAGUGUAGGUUGGCCGCCGCGUGUCUGUACCGGUUCUGGGGCUAGCGAACCGGGGCAACACCCCGGAAAAAGUGGUGACGACGUUAGAGUGUAAGUCCCGGCAUGGUACCGGUUAGUGGUAGUGGCGUUCGCCAAGUGUCGUUGGCGGUUGUCGUUGUGGGUGGCGAACUGUGAAUAUUUCAAAAGGGCGCCCUAAUCGUGUCCUCGUUAAUGAUUCUCUUACCUCCGCAUGUUCAAAGCAAAACAGAAAUUGGUGCGGGUAUAGCAUUUAAUGAAUAGAGAUGUUUCCUUCGUUUUUCGCUGCUUGAAAAGCUGAGUUUUGUGGCCGGAAAGGUAUACUUGAGCGUGGCGAGAAGCUGGCAAACGCGCGAGCCACUGGAAACCCUUUCACUUCCAAUUGUAAUAUUAUGCGGAACGUGUAUAUGUGCUCGGUCCACUGUGAUAAUUUCCACUUCUGUUUGUAUGAAUAAGUGAAAUUAAAUAAAAAUGCAAAGUGUAUGCGAGUUUAUUUUAUCUGUAUCCACCAACGUGGUGGUUCCGUUCGUGGUUGUGCAAAAUUGAGAACGAACCGUACCCUUCCCGUUCUUGGGGAUCUGCUGGGGGUAACUUUUGCGCGAGCAAAAAUUUGCAAACAUUGUGAAACAAGUCUGAACCAUACUCGGGAGUGAAAUAAAGUUCCGCCCGCAAGGUAUUCCACGGAAUUGAGAGCAUGAUUGCUCGUACCGCUCUUAUUGCGAAAAAGAAGAAAUAAAGUGAACAGCAAAAAUGAAGAAAUCUAUUACUUAAGGUCAAUUUCCAAGAAGCUGGCAAAAAACAUAAUCGAACGCUUGCCCGAACCGAUUACCCAAGGAUUACUUCAAGGCGAGCAGAGAACGAAAAGGGCAUAAUUUUCCACGUCACGAAGUCUGUAUUACCGUAUGAGGGUAUGAUAGAUUGAGUUGCUGAUUAUGAUGUGAAUGUAAUGUUGGUGUCCGUGAGAAGUGGAGGGAAAAAUUGUGCGAAGAAUACGAAGCAAAAAGUUGAUUAUGGUGACGAUAAUGAUGGUGUUAUCGAUCUCUUCGCAGCCUUCCCGCUUGGCUGGACGCAGUGAGUGCCUCUGGGUUUCUUAAAAAGAGGCCGGUAAAGGGCGAAAGUUUUCCGCUUGCCCGAAUCGUGAAAUCAACCGCACCGGAAAGGACGCUGGCAGCUAAAUUGCGAAGAUUGUGGAAGAAUAAAUAUCGCUUUUGUGAGCUGCUGGGCUGACGGCUGAACGUGCAAAAGAUAAGUGACUGACGACCAGCAUUCGAGGAUAUUCGUGGUGGACACAAAGUGCCGGCCAGGUUCGGUGGUUUGGUCAUUUUUACUAUUCGUUACUCGUGGCGGUAAAACUUCCCGACAGGACCUGUGCCUGUGUAGGUGUGUACUCGUAACAUUGGAAUCCAUCUAUUGGCAAACGUCACGCAAACCGUUGUUGACCUGUUGUUGGCGAGAUUGUAGAAGACCGCAAAAAUUUGACCACAAUUUUAUGCCACGUUCCCAUCAACUUGCGGCUCCUCUUGCGGAUGAGUGAAGCAGAUAACACCGCCACUCUACUUUAAAGUGAUUCAUAAACAACACGCUGGAACCGGAAUUGGAACCGGUCGUCCUCGUCGCUGGGGAGACCAAGAAUGCCACACAUGUGACAACACCGUCAUAAUUUCAUCCCUGCUCCCCGUAACGCUCCCGCACGGUACGGUUGCGACAAACUUUUGGCCGAACCGCCUCUUUUUCGUUACCGCCCGCCAACGCCGCUCCCGUCCCCCCUUUCCACGAGUGGACGCAAAAAGCGUUGAAUUUAUGCAAGUUUGAAGUGAAAUUCGCGUUGUUGGGACAAGCGGUGAGUCGAAAAACGAUAAAACAACGGUUUUGGUGAGCCCAGAUGUGCGUGUGUGUGUGAGUUUGUGUAUUUGUCGUGUAAAGCUCUCGAAAAUAUGCACUCAUUGUAAAAUCAACAUCGAUUUAUAGUGGAGUGGAAAAAAAAGUAGCGGUUGUCGAGUGAUAGCAACUAGAGGAUUUUUUUUUGUGGUGAGCAUAGUUCAUUUCUCUUCUCGGAUGGACCAAUUUUAAAUUCUGGAACGGAUUUACAAAAUAAUUGAAGCGCGAAGCCCAUGUGUGCGCGGGGACUCUAUUUUUUCCGAUUCCAUUGUGUGAUAACAAGCAGUAGCGGUGGAUUGAGAGUGCACUAACGGGAAAAAUUAGAUUCGGUAGCUAAACUGUCCGGAGUGGUUUAUAUUUUUUUAUUAUCUCAACAGUUAUAGGAAACCGAGAACGAGAAUUUGUGAGCAAUCAGCAUUGCAUGGUACCGAAAUCGAUAUGUCCGAAUUAGUCACGUGCCAUUGUUAGGUCCGAUCCAAUCGAGCGGAUCGUGGGUGCUAAAAAACCCGUCGGAUCAGCAGAAGAAACAACCAAAAAAAGUGUGCUUUGUGAAGUCGCGGUUGGCUUCCAGAGUGUAAUGGCCGAUCCUCAUGUCGGGGACCGGUAAUGUUCCCCAACCAUCUCCACUCACUGUACAAUGCAGGCCCACGAUGGGCCAAUAAUCACUAACGACCACUACCACCAUCACCACCAACAGCAGAAUCAGAAUCGUCGACCCUUCCUGGCGGACAGGGAGUUAGUUGCGGAAGUAUCAACAGCGCCAGCAGCGGGUCUGUACCGGAGUCGUCGUACGUAUCGGGGAUUAUACCUCGCGCUAGCAAUAAUCGUUCUCGCAGGAUUAAUAGUUCCGGCAGGUGCCGGACCACGAUACAGCUCGCGGAUAGUGGAAACAAAAUCCGGUGCGAUACGGGGGGUAAUUUUGGAGCUGAACUCUAAGUACCUGGAACCGGUUGAGGUGUUCAAGGCAGUACCCUACGCAGCACCUCCAGUCGGGAGUCUGCGCUUUGAACCCCCAAAAAAGGUUGAUCCGUGGAAGGGGACCAAGCUAGCGGAUACAUUUGGACCGGUUUGUCCACAGAGCUUUCCCGACAUCAGUAAUCGAACGGUGGCGUUGCUCUCGAUGCCCAAAGGCCGCUAUCAGCAUCUGAGGCGGUUGCUCCCACUGUUGGCCAAUCAGAGCGAGGACUGCCUGACGCUGAAUAUCUACGUUCCCGGUAGUGGCAGCCGCGGUCUGGAGGCACCAUACUCAAUCUUCUUCUACAUCCACGGCGAGGGGUACGACUGGGGCUCCGGCAAUCCGUACGACGGUUCCGUGCUGGCCAGCUACGGGCACGUGAUCGUAGUUACAGUCAAUUUCCGCUUAGGAAUCCUCGGUUUUCUAAAAACUCGUGCCUCAUCAUCACCGGGUCCUGGUGGCAAUCUAGGUUUAAUGGAUAUCAUCAUCGCUCUUCAAUGGGUGCGUGACAAUAUCGCCUCUUUCGGCGGUGAUCCCAAACGAAUCACUUUGGUCGGCCACGACACCGGGGCGGCCCUAGCGAACAUGGUGCUGAUCUCAAAGGCUGGAAAAGGGUUAAUCAACAGAGCAAUUCUGCUAAGUGGAUCCGCGCUCAGCCCAUGGGCGCUGAUACCGGAUCCGGACUCCACCCGCCUCGAAGUUUCCCAACAGAUGGCUUGCCACUUGGUAGAACCGCCAGCAGGCAAAUCAGGCCGCAAGCCUUCCACCGAUGACAUCACUGAGUGUCUCCGCGAUAAACCUCUUGAGGCCCUAAUGGGUGUAAGACUGACCGCUGUGCGAUUCAUGCCCUCCUGGGGACCAUUCCUACCGUUGGAGGAUUCGCUCGAUCCGGAAUUCGCGAUGGAACACUCGGGAGAAGGGUUCAUAACGAGCGAACUAAUGCUAGGUAUGACGACCACCGAAAGUUAUAACGAUUUCAGUGCUUCUGACAUUCAGUAUGGCCUGGAGGAAGAACAGCGCAAUCGCCUCCUGCGAACGUACGUCCGGAAUGCUUUCAAUUUCCACCUGAACGAAAUCUUCUCCGCUGUGCGGAACGAAUACACGGAUUGGGACAAGCCAAUCCAGCAUCCAAUCAAUAUCAGGGAUUCUACGAUGGAGGCUCUCAGCGAUGGCCAUACGGCGGCACCCCUGAUAAAGGUGGCCUAUCUGCACGCCCGGAGGGGGGCCAAAACGUACAUGUUCCAUUUUGGAUACCAGAGCAAGGAGAGCGAAUACCCACAGAGGCUGGGAAGCGUUCGAGGCGAGGACUUACCCUACAUCCUGGGUCUGCCGCUGGUGCAGGGUGUGCCCUGGUUUCCACAGAACUACUCCCGGCAGGACAUGGGGGUGAACGAAGCGGUGCUUAACUUUGUUACCAACUUCUGCAAGACGGGUGAUCCGAACGAAGCCGGUCAUCAGGCCCCCCUGCUGCACCCGGACUACGGGACCGCCAAAGAACGUACUCGCUUCCGGGGGAUCAUGUGGGACACAUUUGAGACCACCACCCAGCAGUAUUUGAGCAUAUCAACCAAACCAAAGAUGCGUACUCACUACCGGGGUCACAAGAUGGCACUCUGGCUGAACCUGAUUCCGCAGCUGCACCGACCAGGGGACCCGGAGGUUUCGAUGCGACAUCACCACUUCCGGGAACGAGAGCCACAUUACUACGCUGGCUCCGUCCGGGCAGAAUCUUUCAGCCGACCGCGGAUGUAUAGCAACGGAAUCAUUAAUGAUGCCCAGGAAUCCCGACUGGAGUCAUUUGGAACCGAAUGCACACCGGAUCCGACCAUGGGUGAGGUACUGCACGAUGGAAACUCAGACGGUGGACUACUGAGUGAGGAAGAGGAGGCGGAACUUCUCGAAAAACUGGCCAACCGUCAUUAUUACAGUUACACCGCCGCACUGGGAGUAACGGUUGGCGUCGGAUGUCUGCUCCUGUUACUGAAUAUGCUCAUCUUUGCCGGAAUCUACUACCAACGUGAUCGCUCCCGGCGCCGGAAAUCGCAGCAGGGCAGCGGGGCCGGUUCCGGAAGUGGAUCUCACAACAACGGAAGCGCCAGUCCGGACGAGGCAGAUAUCCCACUGACGACAAUACCAUCGCCCUCGCCCAGCAAAACGAAACGAGUGCUGGAGCUACCGCCAAGCUAUGCAACGCUGCCGAAACGAAGCGCCGGCAGCAGCCAUCAGCAUCACCUUCACCAGCAGCAGCAGCAGCAGGGUGGGGUCGGUAUAAAAGAUACCAACCUGACGACAGCCACUCUGGGACGGUCCGGAAGCUUCUCACACAAACAACAGAAUCUCUCAUCCACGGCAGCCAUGUCUCAGCAGCAUACGGUGCUGACAAUAGCAUCCGGCGAGCAACCGCCGUGCCACCAUCACCAUCCGGGGUCCGGAGUGGCGGAAAAACUGCACCAUCAUCAUCAAACGCUACCGCGGGCUUCGAAGAGUGCCCCACUGCCACCAAUCCGAUCCUCGAGCAACGUUUCUCCGUCAUCUCCAGCAUCCCAGGCGGCGAACCCCGGAUCGCCUUCUUCGUCAACCUCAGCGGUGGCCUCCCAGACAGGACCUCCACUAACUUCCAUUCUUGUAAAUAGUAGCAACAAUCAUCACCACCAUCACCAUAACCAUCAGCAUCUGGGCGGAAAUAGUAGCGGCGGCGGUGGCAACAGCAACGUCAUCACGGUAGACUUGGUGAGUUCAACGAAUCCAAAGCAUACCGGCGGUGGCGGCGGCGGCGGAGGUGGAGCGGGUGGCUGUCCCGGCAGCUCCUAUAGUAGUAGCAAUUUUAUCGGUAGUGUUAGCAUAGGUAAUACUGGUAGUGGCAAUCAUCAUCACCACCACUCGCAUAACCGGGAGACGGGCAGCAGUGGGAAUCUCGCCGGACCGAUGGCCAAUUCGGCUCAAUCGGCGGGGAUGGAACGCGGGAACGCGGGCCCCGGUAGUAGUUCGACGCUAAAAAAGCGUGUUCAAAUACAAGAGGUGACGGUAUAGCACAGGUACAGCACAGCUGACGACGAACAGGAAGCUGUGUGAGGACAUAAAUGAAAUGCGUUCGAAGCUAGCAGGAAAGUCUACGGUUCGGAACUAGAAUUGAGUAGUGGCACUCGCGUGUUUGUCGGGAUUUCCAUAGUUGAAUUAGUUUAUCAGCAUUGUUGUUCCAAUUGGUUUGUAUUGUUAGAAAUAAUCGAUUCGAUUAGCUUCAGCAAAAAAUGAUUCUAAAAACAACAAGAUUCACACAUUAACUAGUGAGUGUAAAUUGUAACGUUCUGAAGAGGAGGUCUGAGGUAAGACAUUGUUGCCAUUACAGCUAUUUUUACAGAAUCACAAAAUUAUACAGAAGCCUAAAAAAAUAUGCAUAGCUAAAAUAAUUCAUGUCUUGAGCAUUAUUUUCUUCAGGUUUGGUUUUUCUUGAUAAUGCAACUCUAUUUUUUUUCUGUCAAUACCGGGAGUUAAAUUUUUAACGUUUAGUUCAAAAGUUUAUUAUGUUUCAAUGUGUCCAAGCGCUUGAGGGUAACACUCAUAUUACCUGCAUUCAGAUUCAUACUAACAGUUCGUUUCUGUGGACUGACAAUUCGGUGACCUCGGAGGAUGUCACUCUGAUGUUAGCUUAGCCUGUUCCCAAAUACCUUUCAUAUCCUCUCUCUUUAGUAUUUAAACUGUUCUCUGCGAUUGUGCGCUGAUUGGUUUGUGUUUUAAUUCAAAUUGAUAAAACAAAAUGAUGAUAAAACUUAACGGUUCAGUUCAAUCUAAAGGCAAGAUAUCGGUUCUAUUGAGGGAUACUUGUGUAAAAGUUUGUUUCUAUUUCGCAUUUACCUAAAAAAAACUCAGUAUUGCAAAAUGCAAAAUUGGGAGUAAUAGGGUUGGUUGAAGUCCGACAGAAUCCGAUCCGUUGUUACGAUACCAUUGAAGUGUCCCCCGGCAACUAUCCACAGCUGACUAUAGUCCUUGUGCUUCGUUGUUGUGCUUCGUUGAUGGAAAAAAUACAUUCUCUUCACGAAAACCUUACUGCAAACUAUAAAUGGCAGGCUAUAAAUUUGGUUAAAUUCAACGGUCUCCUAGUUUUCCGAUGUGACGAUGUGUCAAAAUUCAUUGUUUCUAUUUAGGUUUUCACUUGCAACAACUUCAAACUGAAUGAAGCGUAACAGAACUUUCGCCACUGGAAUAAGGUAUGAUUGCGAAGAAUCUUCUGUCAAAACAUUCUGGAACUGACCACUAGGACCGCUGCAGUAAAAUUAACAGCGAUACUGUUUUUUAAUUGAAGCCUUCAAAAUUUGAGUCAUUUAAUAUCUGGACGCAAAAAAACUGAUGCUUCUCGGAAUCAUGUUAAUGAAUUUAAAAUGUUGAGUACUCAAAAUUAAGGUUAUCAAUUGCACUUUAAAUAAUUUGAAUAGCUACCAAAAUUAUUCCGAUUUGAUUUUGAUGAAAUCUCAAACUUUCAUUAGAAUACCUCCAAUCAUAUUUUGGACGCUGUUGGCUAACCUGAGUGAUUAUUUUGUUCAACCAUUUCUUCAUCUCUGCCGCAUUCCGAGUCACUCAACUUCUGAUCUCACUCUUCUUCAGCUUCUGUUUACCAAUUGCUUCAUAGCUCUUGAUAGGGCGGAAUUGAGGACUGUUAGGUGGAUUGAUGUCCUCUUCGAAAAAAUCCUAUCCGUCGUCUGGAUAUCACUACAGUACUUAUUCGCUGUAGUGGCAGCUUGCCAAUUCAGGCUAAAAUUUUACAGGUUUUCCAGGCACUCCUGCUUGUACAUUUCAGAAUUCUUAGUCUUGUUUGUCACAAAAACUUUUUUUUUGUCCACAGCUGUAAAUACCUUGCCAGGUGAUAAGUUUUCUUACGAAUUUAUUCGUAAAACAAAUGUGAACUUGCUAUGGAUAUUACCUCGACCAGUGACUUUAUGGAACUUUUGACCGAGAAGCUGCCCAUAACUAAUCUUCACGUACGUUUCGUCGUCCAUGAGGGUGCAUCCUUCGUACUUCGUAAGAAUCUCAUUGUACAACUUACGGGUACGUUUUUGAACACUAGAAUCUGCUUCAGUGUCUGGUUGCUUACUAGACCGAAAUUCUUCUCGUAGACGAAUCCUUCUAACGGCGCAUUGGCUGGUAUUGAAUUUCUCGGCGGUAUCAUAACCCGAGAGCCCAGCGUCUAUCCUAAUCGUUCUAAACACCUUCAAAUGUAGCUUCCGAUCCUUAGUUCCUUAGUUCCAUUACAUUACGCUCUGUUUCUCCCGAUUGACAGCAUGCCUUUCAACGACUUCGCGAUUGACCACGUCGGAUUUACGAAAUGGGUGUUCAAAACUAAUUAUUGUUUCCCGCCUUCCUUCAAGUAUAUCAUCUUUGAAACAAAAUGUAUCGUGACGAGCUUUUCAGCACUAAAAGAGGACACAUUUCAAAACAAACUGCUGUCAAAAAAUUUCCAGAACCGACCACCUGAUAAUAAAUAACUCAAGCUUCAUUGAUACGAUUGUUGCAUGGUAAAGCGUACACAUGGCUUAGGACCGGGAUUUCAGUUUCCGUAUACGUUCAUAUAUCUUGAUUAUGCCAUCACUCUGGUAAGGAAUUGUUCCUUUCUCGAUAUUCGUAAUGUUUGAAUGAAAUAGUUUAGCUGCUGUUUUAUCAGGGUCCAAAAUAGGAGUUACGAUGAGAAGUCUCAUCUUUAUAUCAAAGAUGAUUUGUGUUGUCAUUAUAGUAUUCAAAGAGUUCCAAUUGCAUCAGGUGCUUUAUGCGUAGAUGGCUGGCUUAUGCGCCACUUCCGUAGAGGAGACCAAGCAGCGCGAUUGAAUCUUCCCAGCUUCCAAGAUCCAAUAGUUUCCUCCCAAAUACUCGGCUCAAGAAGCGACUGUGUCCAUGUACCAGAAAAACAAUGAGCCAACGUCUAAUGAUAAACCUUCCACAAGGGGGGAGAGUAUCAUCACCAGUUCAAUACAAUUGUUUCCCCACUGAAAAGGAAACACUACUUGCGACUUUAACUAUGAAAAAGGAAACUCACCUGUUUGCGCCAACUCGCAGUUUUCGGACUUCAACUACAUAAAACAACACAGUUUUUGAAAUAUGAUUUACAAACAUGAUCAUCGCACACAACACGUUAGUGUGUUUUUAUUAGUUGUGAGAAUCUAAAAGUAUUUCAAUUGAGUUUCAUCAACUGAUAGCUGGUAGCUAACGUUUUCCCAUAUUACUUCUUCUUCUUCUUCAAUGGCACUAACGUUCCUAGAGGAACUUCGCCGUCUCAACGUAGUAUCACUUGCGUCAUUUUUAUUAGUACUUAGUUGAGAUUUCUAUGCCAAAUAACACGCCUUGAAUGCAUUCUGAGUGGCAAGCUCUAGAAUACGCGUAAUCACAGUGCAAGUCGGAGGAAAUUUCUUUGACGAAAAAUUCCCCCGACCAGAACGGGAAUCGAACCCGAACACCCGGCAUGUUAGUUAUGACGCUAACCACUCGGCCACGGGAGCACUCCAUAUUACUAGUACACCCAAAAUUGAUUUUAGCUCAUGAGUUGUCAUCCCAAUUUAUGACAAUAAAUGAGACAUAACAUAACAGAAAAUGUCAUGACUCAGAAAUACUGGUAAGCAUUUGUAUAAUAUACAUGGCACAGCAAUAUAAGAUUAAUACGAGUGAGCGAAACAAAAGACAAGUAAGCUUUCCGCAUGCUUUGCCACAUACACGGCCCAGAUAGAUAUUGUUCUCCUUCAUGUGCUUCUUUUUUACUCUUAGAAAACACUUCCCAACUUCAUUUUAUAAUCAGGUGUAACAUUAUCACGUAUUUGCUGAAAAACUUCUUAGGCAUCAUUAGCCAUGUGGAUAACGUGGUCGUGUAAAUUAGCUUUGCAUUCCAGCCGGCCUAGGUUCGAUCUCCAUUGACGUCGUAUGGACUUUUUUUUUGGCACAAUCCCAAAUGAAAUGAGAAAAGAAAACAGAAAGAGAUGUCUGCACGCACACAUACAAACCAUUUUCAAGCUUUCAAAAUAGCUCAUUAUUAGCGCAUUUGACUCAACAGCACACUAAAUGGCAUCAUUUCUGCCAGAGAUGACAUGUUUUCUGCCAACGCUAGUUUGGGUGUAGUUGGUAAAGCGUUCGUACUUCGAGACUAUCCUCGAAACAAGUUGUUUUUAAUGAGUUGUCACCUUUUUUUUUUUUAAUAAAACGCAGGUUUCUGAGAUAUUGAGUUCAAAUUUAUUAUGGUUGUAGUUCAACUCUUACGGUGGGUUUAGACUAGUGAUAUAUUCAUGUGAAGAAAUAUGAUGAGUAUUAUAGAAAUCGCAUCAAUCGUUUACACCAGCACGAAUCCAACUUUAGUGAUUUUUCACCAGCGUUUACAUAUGCAUGAAUUUAUUCUAUUCAUAGUAGUUAUAUAUACCUCGAAGAAGUGUAUCAUAUAUAUUCUCACCUGUAUUUUUUCGAGUCAAUGAAUCCAUCUCCAGCUAUAGAUCUCCCUAAUGUAAACGUGCCAUUACAUUUUAAGAAUAAAAUUCGAUUUCGGUCAUAUGACCACCACGGGCCCGUUUACAGCGAUUGAUCCGUUGGAUCGAAUUUCGCAUUGGAUGUUGUCUCUGAGCUUAUUUAACAGAUCAUUAAAAUGUUUUAAGGGUUCACACGAAGACACACUAAGUGAUGAAUCAGCCAAAAGUGCUCAAAGUCACUAUUAUCCCUCUACCGCCCAAUUUUUUAUUUAUCUAAAAAAAACCUACUCCACUUUUACCUUGAAUUUCUGACUUUCAACAUAAAAUACUCCUAGCAGAAAGUUGCCAGCAUAAAAACAAUGUGUAUGUGUGAUAGAUGAAAAUAUUCUAAAGACGUUCUAGUGGGGGUGAACAUUGAAAAUAAUGUCUGAAUAAUGUGAAAAGAGAAUCCGCGAAGCCCGUCUAAAGGCGGGCUUGGGCUGUAGAGGGUUAUACAAAAAAAAACGUAGACACAACAGUGUCAAGUCGCUAAUGGAUGACCCUUUAUAAGCAAAACUGUUGACCAGCGCAACCAUAAGCAAUCGAACGGAACACUUAAUAAUCGAACAGCACACUGACGGGUGUUCAAUAAAAAGGAGAAUUCCUUCAGUGAUAUAGUAAAAAAAAAUUUUUUAACAAUUCAGUUUUUUUUUAUAUCAAACAUAAUGGUUGUUCUUCAAAAAAAAAAUUCAGUGAAGGUUGGCAAAGGGGCCGUGCUCAGCCGUACAGCACAACUUGAUGGAAAUAUUCUCACAAGAGCACUGGACGGCACUGACAUCCAUCUCCUGGAUGCAAUUCCGGAUCCUCGUGGUCAGCUGCUUGGUGUCCGUGGCCCGCCAAUUAUUCUUGUACCCCAGGGCACAGAGGGAGCCGGAAAAAAUCCUCGAUCGGACGGCACUGGGGCAAGUUGGUCGGGUAACGUUCAUUGGAUACGUACGGUAUUUGUUUUUCCUCGAGGUACGCCAAAAACUUCUUGGCGUAAUGGGAAGACGCCUUGUCCGGCCAGAAGACGUACUAUCCAUCAGAAUGAUGCUCCUCUAAGAACGGAACCAGAGUCUUCUCCAGGCAUUUCUUUUCGUACAACUUCUGAUUCACCCAGGGGGUGUGGACGCCUUGUCGCUGGUAUAGUACCGAUCAUUCCCAGGAAUGUCGGACUUUGACAGUGGAGAAUAACUCUCGUCGUCCAGCACGAAUGACGUCCUACGAUAAUUCUUCGUAAUCCAUCGACACUGAGAUUUCACGGUCGCUAUCUGCUCGUCCGUGUACUCUGGGGACCUAGUCUUCUUCCGACGGACGAUGCCCUCCUGCUUGAGGGUUCUGUGGAUUUAGGAAUGGGAGCAGCGAAAUUUUCGACCAGCGUCACGCAAACUCAUAUCUUCCUUGUUGUCGAACAGCAUUUUCAAAGAUUCCUUCUUCUUUUUCGUCAUGAAUUUCCUCGGACGGCCACUACCGGGAUGCCAGGAUCCGGUUAACAGUGUUCACCGGCGCAUUUACGCCCCUAAAGUAGUCUACUGUAAACCUUUUUCCUUUACUUUCACGCGUUUCAAAAAACCGUACAUCACGCUCGCGGAGUGCUUGUUGUUUUGACGCCAUCUUUGAUCGAACUGACAGCACCCAAGCGAGAAAAAAAACCAGCAACCCGUUUCUAGGAAGCCCAGACAGCAAUUCUCUUGGUGAGAGAAAAAAUACGCUCUGUACUUUUUUUUACAGAAAGGUAUUGAAAUCAUUCUCAUUUUUUAUUGAACACCUGUUAAUUGUGUCGUCUAUUGAAAAACAGCAAAAAUUUAAUUGCGCACCUAAUGCGAAAUAGUAUAAAGGGCGAACACGAAAUUAUUGCGACACAUUCAACAGGGCAUAACUUUUUUACCAUUGGGUAAAAACCUACCAAAUUUCGCUCACUUUAUCAUUGAUAUGUGUUGUCUACAUGCGAAGUCGUGUUUUUCGAUUCAACGAAAAUGGAGAUGAACCAACGCGGGUCGAGAGAACAAAUUCUUUCUAAACACCUGGAAUUUCCUGACCUGUCGCACCGGCAGUCUCCAGAGUGUUGAAGCGGUUCCAGGAGCGGUUGAUGUUGGACCACGGCAAAGGAGCUGGAAGAAAACCGGGACCGCAGAACAAAAAGACGGAGGGAAAGGUGAAGCGGAUGAUUAAAGCAAAUCCCAACGUCUCAAGCCGUGAUUUGGCUAAAAAGAUCGGCAUGUCGCAGAGCUACGUCCAGAAUGCAAAGAAGAGAGCUGGACUACAUACAUACAAGGUACAGAAAUUCCCAAACCGCGAUGAGCGGCAACAAUCGACGGCUAAAACUCGGGCACGGAAGCUCUACGAGAAGAUGCAGACAAAAUAUGGCUGCUGUGUGAUGGACGACGAAACGUAUAUAAAAACCGAUUUCAAGCAAAUUCCGGGGUUGGAGUUUUUCACCGGCAAGAGCAAGUUCGAUGUGGACGACAAAUUUAAGAAGAAGAAAAUGUCGAAGUUCGCCUCCAAAUAUCUACUCUUGCGGACUGAGGAGUGAGCCUUUCGUGACAAAGGGCACAGUAAAUGGCAAGAUCUACAAAUCUGAGUGCCUUGAGAAGCGCCUUUUGCCGUUCUUGCAGAAGCACGACGAAGCUCCGCUAUUUUGGCCAGAUUUGGCAACAUGCCACUAUUCUAAAAGUGUCUUGGAAUGGUAUGAGGCCAAUUCUGUCCAUUUUGUUCCAAAGGACAUGAACGCGCCAAACUGUCCGGAGCUGCGCCCGGUGGAGCAGUACUGGGCAAUAAUGAAGCGGGAACUUCGGAAGAGCAAGAAGACAGUCAAAGACGAGAAGGACAUGUUAAGAAAAUGGAAAAAAACGGAGAAACUGGUACCGGAUGACACUGUAAAGACUUUGAUGGAGGGCAUCAAGCGAAAAUGCGUUCAAUUUUACACUCAAGGCUCCAUCGAUUAACUUUUCUUUUGAUUUUUGAAGUUAAUAUAUGUAUAAAACUACCCUAAAAUUUUGGUUUGAUUCUAAACAUUAUAAGAAAAUUGGCAUGACAUUUUCGGUGUCGCAAUAAUUUCGUGUUCGCCCUUAUUUGGGAUCAAUCCCAUGAUCAUCCAUUUAAUUCUUCAUACCUGAUCUAUCUAUUCCAUUCCUGUUUACUCUGUCCAGCUUCUUCUUGAACACUCAAGAUUGCGUAUCCGUAACCUCAACACCACUCGUCAGAAGGAGAAUAGGAAUUCAAAGGGUAUACAAGGUAUCAUCGAUGUGAAACUACUUGAACUGGGCCUGAUAUAGCCAUAUUAUUUAAAACUCAAUUGAUUUCAAAAAAAUCAUGCCACAUCUGCUUCUAUCAUUGAAAUGGAUCAGCAGAGACCUAAUCAUCAGAUCAAAUUUGUAGUAUCAAACAAUUUGAGAUAGCUUUCCCGAUGACAUUCUUUACCCGUUUUCAGAAUUGAUCCAACCUUUCCCUCUCCGAGUCCCGGUCAAGCUGAAUUACUCGACAGUUUUUGAAGAAAAUAAAAACCUUUUGAAGUUUCCACUUCGAUACUGGGAGAAAGUUUCGUCGGCAGAAAGUUGAAUCUCGUUAAUUCUGUAACAGUCGUCAGUCAUCACUGAGCUCAAUUUGAGAAAUGUUCAAAAGGGGAACCGGAACUCUUUUUUGUGUGCAUAUCAUUUCACAUAAUGAAAGAAAAAUUCUUUCAAAGACGCACAUAGUUCUUGAUUCUUAUGCUUAUGUGAACAAACAGGGCUUGUCAUUUCCUAAAAUAAUGAAUGAAAAUAAUUGAUUCAUUUUAGUCCAAAAGGAUAAAGUGAUCUGAUCUUAUAUAUUUUUACAUAUCUAACUGAGCAACAGAUGCUAAACAGAGUGACGAUGGUGAUAAGCUGGAAAACAUGGCGUUCUGUUCUGAACAUUCUGUAAAUCGCUGCGACGUUAAGAUCAGUGAAUCUGGAGCAAUGUGUCACAUUCUCAACCACUGUGACUAAGAAUCGACCACCAGAACGUGACUAUAUUGAAAAGCUGUUUGGGUUGCUAACGGCAUGAAGGCUACGAGGCUUGUUUGUCGUACAAGAACACACAGAUUCUGCCUACAUGUCUAACAUAGUCAGUCAGGCCUUAGAGACCGCAACGCAACGCAACACAAAGGGAUGUAGUUGCAAGGGGAUACAUCUAUCUAUAUAUAUAUAUAUAUAUAAAUGGAGUGAUGUCUGUCUGUCUGUCUGAUUCUUAUAGACUCGGAAACUACUGAACCGAUCGACAUGAAAAUUGGUAUGUAGGGGUUUUUGGGGCCGGGGAAGGUUUUCGUGAUAUUUUGAGACCCCUCCCCCCUCUCUAAGGGGGGGCUGCCAUACAAAUGAAACACAAAUUUCUGCAUUACUCGGAAAUUAACCAAGCAAACGAAACCAAAGUUGGCAUGUGAAAGUUUUAGGGUGCAAUAAAUGUUUCUAUGAUGGUUAGAUAGUCCUUGCCCCACUCAAAGGGGGGGCUGCCAUACAAAUGAAACACAAAUUUCUGCAUUACUCGAGAAUUAAUCAAGCAAAUGAAACCAAAUUUGGCAUGUGGAGGUUUUAGGAUGCAAUAAAUGUUUCUAUGGUGUUAAGAUACUCCUUCCCCCUCUCUUAGAGGGGGCUGCCGUACAAAUGAAACACAAAUUUUUGCAUUACCCGAGAAUUAAUCAAGCAAAUUAAACCAAAUUAGGUAUAUGGAAACUUUAGGGUGCAAUGAAUAUUUCAAGUAGACCGAGAGCGGUUGAAGAUUUUGCAAAGAUAUGAAUUUCUUGUGUACCACAAUCAGUUUCUCGAACGAUUUAUCUGGAACUAGUCAAAGACAGACUAACCGCGCAUUCAUCACUGAAUUUUAAGGGGAAUCGUUUUCUCGGCUCCAUCUCCUCGACUUUGAGGAAAUAAUGAUUGGUAUAUCAUAGGCAAUCAAAUUUUUUUCUAGCCACGAUCUACAUCUGUUCGUCAUAUCAUUGUUCCAUCGGGGGAUAGAUGUGAAGUCAACUCUAUCUGAUAAUAGGAAUCAUACUUUGUGGUAUCUAAAAACUGCUAGUUUGCAUGACCAUCAUGCGAUGGUAUAAGACAUCAGACAUUUUGGAGAACAGUGAUAACAGUGGAGAUGCACUAAAAUAUAUUGGCAGUACAGAAGCAACCUAAUAGUGUUUAUUUCCCACAUGCCCAAUUUUCAUCAAUAAAUAUACAAUCCUUAAAUUUUUCUUAAUGCUUCAUCAAACACAGUACAACAGAAAAUUCCCACAAACCUUAGAAAGUUAAUUCAACUCCUGUCCGUCCGUCUGAACAAUCUGUGAACCAUCACAAACCCCCCUUGGGCCAUCACUUGACCGAAAUUGACGAACAAAAGAGCAGCGUUACGAAAUUACCACUUUUUUUCUGUGCCAAUUCGGAGAGGACCGACAUCGACGCCGUUUUCGCCAUCGCCCGUUCGCUGGCAGCAAUUUGCAAAAGAUGAAGUAAAUUAAACCAGUCAUCUCCCCUUUUUUUAACCGGAUGUGAUUACGCGAUAAGAAUGAAACCAAAUUGCCACCAUCGACGAAACGUCACGAAGUCAAGCGAUAGAGAAGAGGGUAAUUUAGUGGCCGAGCUGCGUGAAAAUUCGGCAGAAGGACGCAGUUAAUUUUUGCUUUAUUCGAGUCGAUUCGUUUGCGUUAAAUUAACACGAUUGUGGAAGGUUUCUGCAAAAUCCCACUGCCCACCCGAGAGAGAAAAAGAAAACCAAACCAAAAAGGACAUGCCUGUUGUAAAUAAAUCUUUAGAAGAACAAUCCUGUAAAUAGACAGAUGAAAUCACAAACAAAAAAAACAAUUGGAUGAGUAUUUGUUAUAAACUUGUUAUUCAAACUGAACUGUAAUCUUGCAAGCGUAUAUAUAUUAGCUCAAAAACUAGAAGAAACUGUAAUCAAGGAAUUGUAUGGAACAAACAACCAAUGGGAGCAAAUGCUGGGUAUCACUUAAAAUUACCGUACCAAAAAAAUUAUCACAGCGAGUGAACUGAGAGUAGAAAAAACAACGUUUCUAGAAUAAGAUCCCAUCAAGGUUAAACAAAUUAAAGCUCUCACCUGUAAAUAGCGCAAAAAAAACAAAUCAUACGCAAACGAAGCGAGUUAAACCCAGCAUUGUGCGAAAAAAAAGAAAAUAGAUUGAAUUUGCGUUGAAGAAGGGAACGUCAAAUGUAAAUUUCUCCUUGCCGCGAAAUAGCUGAUCACGAGUGCAGGGACAGAUAGAGAGAACCAUUUUUUUGUUUUUUCAAGGGUGAUUUGUUUGAUUAUUCCAGUAGAUGGUGAGAACGAGAGAGGGAGUGGAAAACUCAAAUAUGUACACUUCCACUUAGGUUUGCACUCCGAAAGGCGAGCCGAGUGGGUGUUAAAAAAUCGCGAAGCGAUGAAAAAUUGAAGUGAAUUGAAUUUUAUCGAAACAAAACGCGUAAGUACACGACGCCUAUAUAUAUAAAUAUAUGAAUGAGGAAAUAAAAAUGGGAAUCCAUACCAAACUGACAUAAAUUCACUAUAAGCGAACCCCAGUAGGAAAUUUUUAUAACAUGGGCCAUAAAAAAACGAUGAGUGGUCCACAUGUGAGUUAGGAGCAGAGAGACUCUGAUAGAGGCUGUAAGUCAGUCAGUAAGGCACACACAAACACAGUCCCCGAAGGCAUGAGGUUCGAAACAAACUGUAAUGGCUCUAAAUUUUGGUCAUAAAAAUCCAUAUGGUGGAAUAAAU